CCGCCGUCCAACUCCCCGCGCGACCCGCGGACGCACGCCCCGGAGUCGUCUCGGAAAUCCAAACAGAACCAUAAUCGGGCGCCCCCAAGACGAAGAGAUGGACAACCGCUCCGCGAACAGGCGCGUGGCGAAGCUCGCGGCGCACCUCCAACCCCAAAUCCGCCGCGAUCCCACCGCGGCGCACAAGGCCGGGUUCACCGUCGCCGUCCUCGGCGCCGCGGGCGGCAUCGGCCAGCCCCUGAGCCUCCUCCUCAAGCGAUGCCCCCUCGUCGCCGACCUCCGACUGUACGACGUCGUUCCGCUCGCGGCGGGGGUGGCGGCGGACGUGUCGCACGUCAACUCGCGCGCCGACACGCGCGGGUUCCACGGCCCGUCGCAACUCCCGCUCGCCCUCGAGGGGUGCGACCUCGUCGUCAUACCCGCGGGGGUCCCGCGCAAGCCCGGCAUGACCCGCGACGAUCUCUUCAACAUCAACGCGGGCAUCGUUCGAGAUCUCGUCGCCGCGUGCGCCAAGACGUGUCCCAACGCCGUCCUCAACGUCAUAUCCAACCCCGUCAACUCCACCGUGCCCAUCGCCGCGGAGGUGCUCAAGGACGCGGGGGUGUACGACCCGCGACGUCUGAUGGGGGUGACGCACCUCGACGUGAUGCGAGCGAGGACCUUCGUGUCGCGUUCGAAGGGGGGCGACCCGAACACAAUCGACAUCCCCGUCGUCGGCGGCCACGCGGGCGUCACCAUCCUCCCCUUGCUCUCGCAGACCAGGCCUUUUCCCAAGGGCGGGUUCACGGCGGAAGAGGCGCGGGCGCUGACGCAUCGGAUCCAGAACGGCGGCACGGAGGUUGUGGAUGCCAAAGCCGGCGCGGGUAGCGCGACGCUGUCGAUGGCGGCGGCGGCGGCGGAGUUUGCGCACUCGGUGCUUCGCGGCCUCAACGGGGAACGGAACGUGCUCGAGCACGCGUUCGUGGAGUCGCGACUCGUGCCGGGGUGCGCGUUCUUCGCGAGUAAGGUUCGGUUGGGCCGCGUCGGGGUUGAGAAAGUGCUUGGUUUGGGCAAGCUGAGCGACGCGGAAGCCGCGGGUCUGAAGGCGUUGACGCCGGAGCUCUCCGCUUCGAUCCGGAAGGGGUUUGAUUUCGCGAGGGCUUCGAUACCGGCGCUGACGUCGUCGUCGACGGCGAACGCGGGUUCCAGGCUCGCGGCCGCCCCGGGGCUUGGCGCGUGA